UUGGUCUGAGUCUGCACUUACAAUAUUUUCUUGGAGAAUGUUGAUGGCACCUGUCCAUUAUUAAGAUCAGGUGGUUUUGAUGUACCCAUGUACUGUUGUCAUCAGGGGCGGACUGACAACUCAUGGGGCCCCCGGGCAAUAGGAGAUCAUGGGGCCCCUGUAUCCUUGCCCACACCCAAAGCACACCCAAAAAAAGCCUAUAAAAGGUACCAGGGGCAUCUCAUGGGGCCCCCUACUGACCCCGGGCCCUCGGGCAGUGCCCGAGUUUCCAAAUGGUCAGUCCGCCCCUGCUCCUAUUGGAUCAGUGGGUGCCUGUGCUCAUCCAUUUGCUGGCACCCAUUGAUCAGAUUCUGCUGUGACCAAUCACAGUAGAAGUGGCACACUGGCCACACUGGCCACACGCACGAGCACCAGCAACCAGGAAGUGGCAGCUCGGCUGCCCUGUGGUAGUAUAUCUGCUAUGGAAUGGUUGGCAAAUGGAUAAAUACAUUUACUUCCCU